AAAAAACCAACAAACUAAGGAAUUUUUUCAUAUUUAAAAUUUUUCACUUCGUCGCAAAGGUUGAAAAAAAACGGCAUCAUAACGGCUCAACUUUUGAAUAGUUUUCUUAAGGGAUCGCCCCACCAAACGACGAUCGAUAUUAUGCAGAAAUUGUACUCAGAGACCCCGACUAGCGGUCCGGUUAGUAUGACCAGUCAGUCGGGGGCCUCAGGCGGAGGCGGUGGUAAUGGCGCAGGUGGCGGGGGAGGUGGGAGUAGUGGGAAUAGCUCUAACAAUCCGAAUAAUAAUAUUGCUAAUGCCUCCAAUCCAGGUGGUAAUAUGAGUCCACUAGCUCGUGCUCCUUACACCAUGAAUGCCAUGAACAUGCCCGUCGGCGGCGGUAUGUCGUCGGUAUCGCCACAAACAGCCGCCACGUUCGGAUCAAGUGUAUUGGAUUCGGCGGCCGCAGUAGCCAGCAUGGGUAGUAGUAUGGGUGCAGCCGCGGCAAUGAAUUCCAUGGCUGGCAAUUGCAUGACUCCCAGUAGCAUGGGUUAUGCGUCCAUGGGUUCGCCGUUAGCGCAAAUGGGCAAUUGUAUGGGCGCCGCGGGUAUGUCAACAAUGGCUGCCAUGAGUGGUUACAGUUCGAUGGCUUCUACAACGAGUGCUCGUGAUUUAGAUACUGGUUCUCCCAGUUUAAAUAGAUCGCGUGUCGAAAAACCUACCACGUACAGGCGCAGUUAUACGCAUGCCAAACCGCCCUAUUCUUACAUCUCACUGAUCACAAUGGCCAUACAAAAUAAUCCCUCACGCAUGCUCACAUUAUCUGAAAUUUAUCAAUUUAUUAUGGAUUUGUUUCCUUUCUAUCGACAAAACCAACAGCGUUGGCAGAAUUCGAUACGGCACUCGCUCUCCUUUAAUGAUUGUUUUGUUAAAAUACCGCGUACUCCGGAUAAACCGGGAAAAGGUUCAUUUUGGACCCUACAUCCAGAAUCGGGUAAUAUGUUUGAGAAUGGUUGCUAUCUGAGGCGGCAGAAACGUUUCAAAGACGAAAAGAAAGAAGCUCAACGUCAAUUGCACAAAAGUCCUUCUCAUAGCAGCAUGGAGGCCACGUCGCCUGGUAAGAAGGAUCACGAAGAUUCCCAUCAUAUGCACCAUCAUCAUCACAGCCGUCUCGAUCAUCAUCAGCUGCAUCAUCAUCAUAAAGAUAGCGGUUUGGGUGGGACGGCCGGUGUUUUAGGAUCAGGUCAUAGUAAAGAUGCCGAAGCGUUAGCCAUGCUGCACGCCAAUGCAGAAUUGGCUUGUUUAGGGCAACAGGCGGCACAGCAUGCUCCAUCCCACCAUCACCAGCAUCAUCAGCUACAACAAGAAGAACUGUCCAGUAUAACAAGCAUGGUGAACCGGUGCCACCCGUCUUUAAUUAGUGAUUAUCAUACGUCAAUGCAUCAUUUGAAGCAAGAACCCUCCGGUUAUGCACCGCCCAGUCAUCCAUUCUCAAUUAAUCGCCUGCUGCCUACCGAAUCGAAAGCCGAUAUAAAAAUGUACGAUAUGAGCCAAUACGCCGGCUAUAAUGCGCUGAGUCCGUUAACCAAUUCGCAUGCUGCUCUGGGCCAAGAAUCCUAUUAUCAAAGUUUGGGUUAUCAUGCUCCAGCUGGUACGACCAGCUUGUGACAUCACCAGUAUCCAUUGGCUUAAGGAAGAGCGGAACAGAUGCUGCGUCAUAGCAAUGCUACAAGUAAUAACAAUCAUAACAAUAAUAAUAACAAUAGUGGCACUGGCAGCAUCUCAACACACCAUCAGCAUCAGCAAACGGCGCAACAACAUCAAACAGAAGAUAGUCUUACGCAACAAUCGCAUCAACAGACGCAGCAACAUCAAGUAUCAUCAGCAGCCAUAGCGGCAACUGCAUUUCAACAAAAAUCGAAAGCAGCAGCAGCGGCAGCUUACUUCUCUAACAAACAUUACGGGCAUCAUGUAAAUAUGACUCAAAAAUUAAUGUCCGCCGGCUGUGUGGGCGGUGCGGGCAGUGGGCAAUUGUCGCCAAGCGACUUGCAUGAAGAUUCCUCGAAUGUAACAAACGAUUUAAAUGAUGACCAAGCUUAUCAGCAGCAUCAACAACAACUUUACAAUAAUUACCAGCAAUAUGCCGCAGCUGCUAGCAGUUAUCGAAAUUGGAAUCAUUCGUUGUCACUCAAUGGAGCCGCCGCCUUACAAAAUCUUCUUUAGCAUUAAACAAAAAACUCAUCCCUGCUAUGAGAAAAAAACUAACAACAACAACAACAACAACAAUAAUAAUAAUGAAUUUUCUUUGUCUACGUAACAUCAUGGUUUUAAUUAACGCGUGCAUGACUUGACGUUCAAAGUUAGCGAAAUUUUAGCACUUGAACGAGAAAAGCCAAUGUAUGAAGAUGCUAUGUGGCUUGCAGAGAAGAUCUUUUAAAUCUCAUUAGAGCGUUGUUUGGCACCUUCACGUUCAUUCAUCAUUGCAAAGAGAGGAGAAAGCUAAAGAGGAAAUGAUUGAUACUCUCAAUCUUUUAAGUGAAGUGUGAGUGUAUAACCGCAUAGACUUUUUAAAACACAAAGUUUCCAAAACAUAUUCUCGUUAAUUUUAUAUUUAAUGAAAAAAGAAAAAAAAAAAAAC